UAUUACUUCUUAUCUUUUGUAUUUGACACGUUAAAUACUGCAUAUUCAUUGAUAACUGCCGUAACGCGAUACCAGCAUUAUUCUCAAUAGUUCCACCAUGGAAGUUACUCGAAAGAUUUGCUGUGUUUACAAGCCUCUUUAUAGAGCGUAUUCCACCAACUUGCCGGGUUUAUUGAGCGAUGUGAACGUCAUUGACUUGACUAGGGUCAUAGCGGGGCCCUUUUGUUCAAUGAUGCUUGGUGACCUCGGGGCCAACGUCAUUAAAGUUGAGAGCUUAGACGGUGAUGAGGCUCGGAAAUGGGGCCCCCCUUUUAUCAGCGGUACGAAGGAUUCUUUCUACUUCCAAGCUGUAAAUAGGAACAAGAAGAGUAUCUGUUUAGAUCUGAAGGCAGAUGAUGGUAAAAAAAUAAUGUACGACUUGGCAACCAAAAGUGAUGUAAUGGUAGAGAACUUCAUACCGGGAAAGCUGGACAGCAUGCAAGUUGGGUACGAGAAACUGAGUGAAAUAAACCCUCGGCUAGUUUACUGCGCCAUCACGGGGUUCGGAAGCAAAGGGCCCUAUUCUAAAAAGCCUGGCUAUGAUGUAAUGGCGGCGGCUAUGGGAGGGUUGAUCAACGUCACUGGUGAGAAAAAUGGCAACCCAGUGAAGGUUGGUGUUGCCAUCACCGACGUCACCACCGGUAUACAUGCUUUCGGCGCCAUCAUGGCUGCAUUGUACCACCGUCAGAAGACUGGCAAAGGACAGAAAAUAGAUUGCGAUCUCCUUUCUACACAGAUAAGCAGCAUGAUAAAUGUUGCGACUAUCUACUUAAACUGUGGCAUAGAAGGCAAAAGGUGGGGCACACAACACGCUAAUCUGGUGCCUUAUCAGGCCUUCAAAACUAAAGACGGGCAAAUGGUGAUUGGCGCUGGUUCCAAUGCUCAAUUUGCUGAUUUGUGCAGAUUGAUUAAUAAAGAAGAAUUAUUAAAUGAUGAACGGUUCACAGACAACUCUACUCGAGUUGUAAACCGUGAUGCAUUGAUCGAAAUUUUGAGUGAAGUUAUUGAAACGAAGACGAAGAAAGAAUGGGCAGAGGUAUUCAAAAACGCGUCCUUCCCCAAUGGACCGGUGAAUACUAUGAAGGAUGUUUUUGAAGAUGAACAUGUUAAAGCUAUAGGGCUGGUGAAGGAACUGCCUCAUCCCAUGGCAGGGUCUGUGAAGGUGGUGGGCCCUCCGACGGUGUACAGCGAGGGCGGCAACUACGCGAGGUCUGCGCCUCCCACUUUAGGACAACACACGAAAGAUGUCCUCUCAAAUUUCCUAGGCUACAGCGAUCGUAAAAUCGAGGAAUUAUUCCAAAAUAAAGUUGUACAAUGAUUUUUCUAACAAUUGGGUAGUAUCCUCAGUCAAAGAUAAAUUAUGAAAUUCUGAUUCCUAAAUAGGUAUCUAAGUACUGAAUUAAAACUGCCGAAAAUAUUUUUUUAUGAAUUUUAAUCAAGAUAAAAGUAAUAAAUCCGACAUUUUAUCACGUUUUUCUAUGGCGUCACAGUGUACUUUUCAUACAAAUUCCUUAAUAUUUUAGUGUUUUGAUGUUUAGUAAAAAGUAACUGAUUCGACUAGUUGGAAACUACCCUAUUUUAUUUUUUGUAAUCUUUAUAUCAUUCCAUUUCAAAGAAACAUAGGUACUUGACUGUGUCAUUCCUUAUCAGUGAUAUGAGAGUAUGUAUUUGUUUAAGAAUAAAGAAGCAAUAUCAUUAUAUAAAAUAUUUGAUAAGAGAUGAAUUUACGUAAUGUAUGUAAAUAAGAAUUUGUUGUAGUGUAGUAGUAUAUGUAUUUAUAAGUUAUGUAUGAUGACUAAGAUAGCUUCGAUUAAUAAAGGAGUCUUGAGAUGAUA